CUCGUGCUGCUGGUGUGCGCGCGCCGCGGCGCUGACGCAGCUCACCGCUACCUGAGGCUUCGUCCGUCUCCGAGCGAGCACCUGCCUGUACCGGACCUGAGAGAAGACCCGGACCCGGAGUACGACCCGCGCGAGCACGACCUGUCCGAGCGCGUGCUGCGUAAGAAGCUGGGUAACGGCUUCGACGGCGACUUCAUGUCUGUGAGCGCGCCCGCGCAGCUGCUUGCCGUCAACACCACCGCCACCGCCGCCACCGCGAGCCCCGACUCCCCUGCGCACGUGCCCGCGCCAAGCGGCGUCAUGCCGGCCGAGAUCAGGAGGCUGGACCUGAGCCAGACACCGUAUGGGCUUCGUGUCAAGGUAGGCAAAAAGGCGCGGCGGAAGUUCCUGCAGUGGCUGUGGACGCACACGCACUGUCCCGUCAUCCACGUGUGGAAGGACCUCGGCGUGCGCUUCUGGCCGCGCUACGUCAAAGAGGGGCACUGCUUCACCGAGCGCUCGUGCUCCCUCCCCGAGGGAAUGUUCUGCAAGCCGUCCAAGUCCGUCACCAAGACGUUCCUGCGCUGGUACUGCCAGGGGUUCCUGCCCCAGAAAUACUGCACCUGGAUCCCCGUGCACUACCCCAUCAUCUCCGAGUGCAAGUGCUCCUGCUGAGUGUGUGUGUGUGUGUGUGUGUGUGUGUGUGUGAGAGAGACUGGAAAUAAUUAAGUAAUAUAAACCCGAGAGAACGUGUGUGUGUGUGUGUGUGUGUGUGUGUGUGUGUGUGUGUUCAGUGCUCUCCUGAUCCCAGCCUGUACAUCACAGUGAUUGGAAUCAUUAUGGUGAGGAUCAAAGCGCCGUUGCUUUGGGUUCUCGACUGAGAAGAGCGCGCGCGGUGUCUGUGUGUGAGGCGCCAUAUAUCGAAUCUAUUUUUUUAUAUCCAGCAUUUUAAAAUAAAAUAAUAAUAAUAAAUCUGUACAUAUUUAGAAAGAGGAAAAAUAAAAGGAUGCCGACAUUAUUAUUAUUAUUAUUAUUAUUAUUAUUAUUAUUAUUAUUAUUAUUAUGGUGUUGUUGUUUUUAUUGUUGUUGUGCUAAACGAGCAGGACCACGCGCGCACAGAGGAUAACUUUUUCCGGAAGUGCUCUUGUACCGGAAGUGCUUUAACUGACUGACUGACACACUGCCAUGCUGCCUCGAGCUUUUAUAUUCUAUUAAUAAUCAGUAAUAAUAAUAAUAAUAAUAAUAAUAAUAAUAAUAAUGAUUAUAAAAUGGAAGACUGAGGAUUAAAUUCUAUAUUUUAAGAGUGAAUUGAAUAUUUUGCUGUUGAUAAAAUGGAGUAAUAUUUCAGUAAACAGAAAUGUGUCAUGUUUAUUUAUUAAUGUGGAAGUGUUGAGUGUAGAGACUGAAGUAAAGCUGAACCUGAGCACAAAGCUCUCAGUGUAACUGCCUUGGAGACGUGGUCUAGCAAUAAAACCUCUCUGAUCAAGUGGAUGGUGUGAUGAUGAUGAUGAUGAUGAUGAUGGAGCAGGAUUUUUUCCGACACUGGGCCUGCUGUAUCACACUGGAUAUGAACUCAUUUAUACUGAAAAUAAAUUCAUUUUUAAAUCCAGAAUAAUUCUGGGAGAAUGUUCCCAUCCUUCACACCGAUCCUGAGCCAGGAUGCAGUUCGAUGUAAGGAAACACACUUCACUUAUAUCUUAAAUCCUUUAGGACAAAACUAAUGUCACCUGUAAAAGUGAAGUCGUAGUUAUGAUCUAUCAAACACACUGCAGUGGCUGAGCUGCAUUACUGGAAUAUUUACUCGAAUCCUUCCCCUCACCCUGUACUCCGGAUGUUGUUUGCAAGCUUUGCCUUUUAAGGAGUUUUGUGGGUGUGGCUAAAUGCAAUGUUGAUUGGUAUCAUUGGACAUGUGGAAGGGAAUGAAAAAGGAUGAUCAGAAAUCUUGAUCAGAAUAAUCGGACUUGGCCACUGAACCUCGUAAACACACAGCUGUUAAAGAGUUAUCAGUGAGACACCUUGCAGAAACCCUCACGUCACUCAGAACAUCCAGGACGUAUAAGAGCUUCGUGAAUCCCACAAAACAUUCAGCAGCAUUUAUAUGUGAACAUUCAGUAUUUUAGGGAGUGUUCGGAACGGUUCCUGAAAUGUUCUGAAAGUGUGUGAAGUGUAAAAAAAAAAAAAAAAUUUUAAUCUGCUUUUUGACAUCAUCCAACUGUCCGGGCUGUGUCUCAAAUCAAGUAAAAUCACACGUCUAAAAUCACGUCCGGGCGACUUUAAUCUACUGCAUUAUUCCUACAACAUCUUCACCUUAGACCAUCAGGCAGAUCCUCUACACCAUCUCCUACACUCCUACACAGAAUAUGCAAAUGUAGUGCACUGUGGGUGAUUUAAUACAGAGGUCCAUGUGUAUGGUUUUGUGUGUGUGUGUGUGUGUGUGUGUGUGUG